UUCACGGAGCGAGAGCAGACGCAGAGCGCGGAUAGUUCAGGGAAGCUUCUGUGGAAAAUCUCAAGAGCUCAAUUCUUGACCAUAAGUGAUCCAAUCAUCCCAUCAUCGUCAUCAGCAGCAGUAGAUAGUUGUAUAGGUGGGAGUUGAGCAAGAGUUGAAGGCAAAAUGAGGUAUGGUCUUCAACUAUUCUGUGCUUGGACUACUACUCGGGAUUUUGGCCAGUGAUCCACACCUUUUUGUAAAAUGUUUUGAGAACGUUUUUCAUGUGCAUACUAGCUUCUGAUGUAGUGUGAGAUAUCCACGGGUGUGGAAAGUUGAUGAUAUGUGUAUAUUUGUGUAAUUAUGUAAGUUGUGACGACUA